AGGGGGUGGAGGUUGUUCCUGGAAGAGCCACAGCCUGGGGAGUUGGUCACAUUCUUGGCUGGGAUUCAAUGACUGAGGCAGACACCAACAAACAGAGAGAAAGGGGGUGGAGAAGGGAGAGGAAGAGGGGAGGGAAUGAGGGAGGGGGAGCGCAGAGCGCAGACAGGGUGCAUGAGGCAGGAGGCAUUCAGGCAGUGAACAGCACCGGGAAGGCAGCAGCCUGUGUGUAUGGGAGGCAGAGCCGAGCUCUCCCCUAACCUCCAGCAGAGCAACAUGAAGGGGAACUCGUGAGCCGGAGCCGCUGCUGUCCCGCCCGCAACUUCCCACAAACGCAGCCGCAGCCCCCUCCCCCCUGGGUACUGAGGGAAAGUUCAGCCGCGUUUGUGCCUCCUCAGCGGAAAGUGACAGGGACUCGGAGUUAGUGAGCUGGCUGGGACGCUAUGGGCAGGAGGAGCCCAUCUCGGCACUGAGCAGCUCCCAGCUGGAUGAAGCGCUGUGAGUGGCAAGGGAUAGCCCAGGAGAGAGUGGGCACAGCACGGCUAUAUGGAGGCUCAGAGAGCCCACUGAGCGCCACUGUGGAUUGAGAGUAAAGCCCAAAGGCAGCGAUCGAUUGACCUGCGCGGAACUUGCCCCAGUGAGUGUGAGUGGCUGCUCCGAGUAGUGUCGGGGAGCUUUCAGGCAUGGAGACCGUGAGCCGGAGCAGCUUCCAGCCCCAUCCCGGGCUCCAGAAGACCCUGGAACAGUUCCACCUGAGCUCCAUGAGCUCUCUGGGCGGCCCGGCCGCCUUCUCAGCCCGCUGGGCUCAGGACAUGUACAAGAAGGAGAGCGGCAAGGAGCCCCCGGAGCCCGUUCUACAUUUACCCAGCCAGCCGCCCCCAGUCAUCCCCGGGGGGCCCCUCUUCAUGCCCUCAGACCGCUCCACGGAGAGGUGCGAGACUAUUCUGGAGGGGGAGACAAUCUCUUGCUUUGUGGUCGGAGGCGAGAAGCGCCUGUGUCUGCCCCAGAUCCUCAAUUCGGUGCUGCGGGACUUCAGCCUGCAACAGAUCAACGCCGUGUGCGACGAGCUACACGUGUAUUGCUCCCGCUGUACGGCCGACCAGCUGGAGAUCCUCAAGGUGAUGGGCAUCCUGCCCUUCUCGGCGCCCUCCUGUGGCCUCAUCACCAAGACGGACGCGGAGCGGCUGUGCAACGCCCUGCUGUAUGGGGGCAGCUACCCGCCCCGCUGCGCCAAGAAGAGCGACUUCCCGCCGGGACCCUUAGAGCUGGAGCUGACCGAGAGCAGUUUCAGGGUGUACCAUGAGUGCUUCGGCAAGUGCCGGGGCCUGUUCGUGCCCGAGCUGUACGGCCACCCCAGCGCCCCCUGCAUCCAGUGCCUGGACUGCCGCCUCAUGUAUCCCCCGCACAAGUUCGUGGUGCACUCGCAUAAGGCGCUGGAGAACCGGACUUGCCACUGGGGCUUCGACUCGGCCAACUGGAGGGCCUACAUCUUGCUGGCCCGGGAUAACCCCGGGGCCGGGGGAGAGGAGGAGCAGGCUAGGCUGAGCCGGCUGCUGGAGGAGAUGAAGGAGAAGUUCGACUACAGCAACAAGUACAAGAGGAAAGCAGCCAGGAUUUCCUCUGAGCCUGUUGCCAAAAAACCCAAGGCUGAUGACUCCAUCAUCCAUUCCCCUAGCUCUGCUGAAAAAGACAAGUCAUCCAGUUGGCUACGGAACCUGUCCAAUAACAACAAGAACACGGGAUAUGUACAUCCACGUCAGCGUCUGUCUGCUUUCCGGCCUUGGUCCCCCGCCAUUUCAGCAAACGACAAAGAGUUGUCUGCUCACCUGCCAGCUCUGAUUAGAGACAGUUUUUAUAAUUAUAAGAGCUUUGAAAAUCUGGUUGCCCCAAAUGUUGCCCUGGCACCUCCUGUUCAACAAAAAGUGAUUACAAGCCCCCCAUGUGUACCUGCUGUACCCAGAAGCACUCAGUCAUCAGGCAGUCCGCCCCAGUCCAGGAAACGGAGGCCUACUGCAGAACUGCCCAUAGCUCCAGAGGCGCCAGCACCACCAGCACCAAUCAGAGAAGAAGAGAAAGAGUCUGAAACAGAAAUUGAAGUGGAAAGCAGAGAAGAAUGUAUGUUUACCUCUUCCUUGUCUUCGCUCUCGUCUCCCUCCUUUACAUCCUCAAGUUCAGCCAAGGAAUUAAGUUCCCCAGGCAUGCUAGCACCAACUGUGAUCAAUACAUCUUAUGAGGUGGCUUCUCACAGUGACCAACACAGCAGUGGAUUGGAAGCUGAACUGGAGCACCUAAGGCAAGCCCUGGACAGUGGUCUAGAUUCCAAGGAAGCCAAAGAAAAAUUCCUCCAUGAAGUUGUAAAAAUGCGAGUAAAACAAGAAGAGAAACUCAAUGCUGCUUUACAGGCCAAGAGAAGCCUUCAGCAGGAGUUGGAGUUCCUGCGAGUUGCUAAAAAAGAAAAGUUAAGAGAGGCGACUGAGGCAAAGCGCAACUUAAGAAAAGAGAUUGAGCGUCUGAGGGCAGAGAAUGAAAAGAAAAUGAAAGAAGCAAAUGAAUCUCGGUUACGUCUGAAAAGAGAGCUGGAGCAAGCCAGACAGAUUAGGGUGUGUGACAAAGGCUGUGAAGCUGGCAGGAUACGGGUCAAAUACUCCGCCCAGAUUGAGGAGCUACAGUCUAAGCUUCAGCAUGCAGAAAAUGACAGAGAACAGCUACGGACAGAUCUAGUACAAGAACGAGAAGCCAGAGAACACUUGGAAAAAGUGGUGAAAGACCUCCAGGAACAGCUCUGGUCGAAGACCAGCCAUCUUCCCAGCAGUGAACACACAAGGAAAGACAUUGAAAACUAAUUCAAAAACUUUUAAGAAAAAUAAAUACCUUAUCUAUUCAUAUACAGAAUUUUACGUAUAUGCACAGGAAAAGGAGGAGAAUGCGCGACGUAUGCAUGAAUAGGUGCAUGUGUGAGUGUAUGGAGCGUGUGCCUUGGGGCACGCUAAAAAGAAAAAAAAAAAACUUACUAGUCAGAGGGAAAAUGUUACUCUAUACAACAGAAGCACUGAACUAUGCCUCUUUUAAAUCUACACAGCACAACAUCUUACUGUGCCUCAGAGUGUUUAUAUAGAGUCCUUUUGGCUCUCCAGUGAAACCAUUUUUUUUUCUACAAGUCAACUACAAGAGAACAACUGCAUCCAGCAAAGCUGCUUGCUUGGAACACUUUGGGAUUUACAUUUUCUUAUAAGCUAUUUAAUAUAAAAAGAUAUAUUAAAAUGUUGAGGACCUUCAAAAGACUGUGUAUUGAAAAUAGAAGAAAAGAAAAAAAAAACUAUCAGACAAGAUUUUUGUAUAAUGGACUUAAAAACCUUGAUGCACAAUUUUAUCUGACUUGUUACAAGCUUUGGGGUUUCUUAUAGAAGCACCCUCUACUCCUUACUCCCCCCCCACCCCCCUCCCCCCAGUCUCCAUACUAUUCAUGUCGAUUGUGCAAUGUACUUGUAGCAAGCCAUCACUAUUAUUCCCUAUCAUUUAUGGACUUUUCCAUCAAACAAAAAAAAAAUCAGAGUGCUCCAUCUUGGUUUUUAUUUAAAUUUUUAAAAAUAUUUUAUAUAUAUAUAUAUAAUAUAUAUAUAUAUAUAUAUAUAUAUAUAUAUAUAUAUAUAUAUAUAUAUAUAUAUAUAUAUAUAUAUAUAUAUAUAUUAUAUUAAUCUCACAAGGACAAAUGUUUGUAACUAUGUAGGAUAACAACUUUCCAGGGCUACAGAGAGAAAAAAAAGAAACUGCUCGGCUUUACUGACCAGUGUUUCAUCUCAUCAUAAUAGAAAAUGAUCUUUGGGCAUAUGUGUUUAAAUGUUCAAUCCACCACCAUAAAGGGAAAAAGAUAAGGACGGAUUUUGUAACAUUAACAUGGACUGUCAAACUUUGUGGAAAGAAUGAUGCUAGUAUUUGGAGAUAUAUAUAUAUAUAUAUAUAUAUAUCGGAUUUAUGGUAAACUGUUUUUUGUUACAAACAUAUUUGCUGAAUUCAGUAUUUAAUCUAUAUUUUCACCCCUCUGUGCACUGAGGUAUUUGCCAUUGGUUAUCAGUUUGGCACAAUGUAGAAUACCAGAAUGGGCAGAAAAUACACUGGGGGCUAGGAAUCGGAUAUUAUAUAAAUUGCUAUAUUUUGAGAAUGAGGCCUCACCACUAAUGAAAACAAAUUCCGUGUAACAUUUCUUUCCUCUAUUUGUAAUGUACUUAUGUAUUCAACUUUAAAGACUGCACUUUUUUGCUCUUGGCCUUUUCAGUCAUGCAUACGGAGUAAGAGCUAUUAUUUAAUAGUGAAAUAUACAAAUAAAGCACAAUAAAAUAUGCAAUAAUACCUUCCAAUGCCUCCCCAUCAACCCAUUUGAUUCUCUUAACUAAUAUGUGACAAACUAACCAAUACAAGCCAUUAUAUCCUGCAGGGCACCAGCAUGUGCACCUUGGGAAGUCAUGGUAGAGAAAUUCAUAUAGAACAGUUCACACUUAUAGUUUUUGAUGUACAUCUUUAAACUGUGGGAAAAAUGUGGUGCCCUAUCCUCAAAUUAUAGUUAUUUAGCAACUUAAAUGAACAUUGCUACUCUUGACUGAAUCCACUCCUCACAUUUAAUAACUGACUGAUUAUCAAGGUGGCUGGACAAAGCUGUUGUUGAUGGCAUUUUCUUUACUAUAACAUGAUAAAGGAUUUUAGGAAAAGCAAUGUAUCUUAAUAUGCCUUUGGGAUGAGUUGCAAGUAACUUGAUUUUUAUUGGAGUAUAAUUUUUUGGAGAGGGCUGCAAGGAAUCCUGUUGGAUAAAAUCAUGUUUAAAAACCAAAGGUUUGCAAGUUGGCAUUGAUAAAAACUGGUGAAAAUUCAGCCCCGGUGCUAAAACAGUUACAGUUUUUACACUCUUAAAAGGUCUUAGUAAGCUUUGCUUGCAUUGGUUGCUUUUUCCACUUUUAUCAUUGAAGUCUACUUUUUAUAUUGUAAUAAAAAAAAUCAACAAUAUAUAAACAAGUGUAAAAAAAAAAAAUGAACUGCUUUGUAACCAUAUGAUAGCCAAUGCAAAAUUUUACCUAAUAGACCAGAAACCACAGUGUGCAUUUGAAGGUAUAUGGCAUUGUGCGACUUGUAAACACACUCAUAUACAGUAUGUUAUGUGUUUCUUUUUUCCCCUCACACUAACCUCCAUACAUUAAAGUUUUUGUCACUUAGGACUGCAAAAACCUUUGCUGUUUGGGGAAAAUGUCCAAAUCAUACAUUUUAAGUAAAGCAUUAAUAGGGAAAAAAAUAUAAGAAAGCAUAGGCUAUUAACUUUUAGCUUGGUCAUUGUGUUUCGAAAUAUCAGAUCCUCUGUGACCGUAAAAACUUUUGCCUCCCUUCUGAAAACUGAUGCAAACAAAUUAAUCCGUCAAGUUGAUUAAAAUAUGGAAGCUUUAA